AUGGAGCCGGCGAGCGAGACGCAGACGGCGCGGAGGAAGCCCGUGAAAAAGUGGCACGAGUUCGAGCCGAUCUCGGCCGAACUGGCCAUGCUGCGCGGCCUCAGCUCGACACACUCGCCGCGCUUCAAGCCGGCCUCGCGCGGCCUGCAGGCCAGCGCGGCCUGCUGCGCCGCCGCGGCGCUGGCCCACCUGCUCGAGCCGGCCGACUGGCGGCCCGCGCUGCUGGAGCUCGCGCUCGACUGCGGCGACCGGCUGUUCCGCGCGAGCAAGGCGAGCCAGCAGCCGGCGAGCGCCCCGCGCGCCCUCGCCUGCGCCCAGCUGCAGCCCGAGUUCUACCUGGGCGGCUACCGCUGCCGGCUGUGCGUGGAGCCCGCGCUGCGCGGCCGCGGCCCCUGCGAGCUGCAGCGCGCGCUGGCCGAGCUGCUGCUGGGGCCCGAGCCCGGCUACGGCGCGCUGUCGGACGCGCGCGGGCGCUGCGCGGCCGUCUGGAGCCGGCCCGCCGCGGGCCCCGCGCUGUUCCACUUCGAGCCCGGGCCCUGCGACGAGCGCGGCCGGCGCGCCGCCGCCGGUGCCGCCUGCCUGGCGCGCUGCGCGGACCUGCGCGUCCUGUGCGCGCGGCUGGCGGCGCUAGGGCCCGGCGCGGCCGGCUUCCGCCUGGAGCGGCUGCGCCUGGUGCGGCUGCAGCCGGUGGGCCGCGGGCCCUGGCGCGGCCGCGAGGCCGGCCUGCUGCGGCUGGACGCGCGGCAGCUGCGGGCCUUCGGGGGCCCGGCGCGCGGCGCGCGCGCGACCUCGGGCUCGGGGGGGGCGGCCGAGCGCCGGCCGGCCGCGGGCCCGGAGGCCGCGGCCGCGGGCGCGGGGCCGGCGGGCGCCUGCUGCGGACGACCGCUGGCCGAGCGCCGCUUGGACCCCGAGGGCGCCGGCUUCCCGCAGCUGAGCGCCAACGUGCCGCCGAGCCUGGGGCCGCUGGGGCGCGAGCCCGCCAUGGCCGUCCUGCACGGGCGCAGCCACGAGGCGGACGCGACUUACCGUGCCGGCGGUCGGCAGAGCGCGGCCAACUGCGUGGUGGCCCUGGCCAUGCGCAAGGCGCAGCCCGUGCGCACCUGGCUGCGGGAGAGCCUCGAUCGCGUGCUCGCCGCCGGCGACGAGCUGUACGCGCGCGUUCGCGCGGCGCAGCCCGGCGUCGAGUCCGUGAGCGCCGCCGACAUGCACCACGCCCAGCUGCAGAUCGACGCGCGAAAGAUGUUCGUCUCCGUGGACCUACUGACAGUCGUUGGUACCAUCGUGUCAAGGACUGGCGCGGUGGCCAACUUGAAGCAGGGCCUGCAGGAGUUCUUCCUCGAUAGCAGCGAGGGCGUGCUCGAGUGCUUUUCCCUGACCGUGGCUCUGUGGAAGGAGGACGACUACUAUUACCUGUUCGACUCCCGCGCUUGCGAUGUCAACGGUGUGCGCGUGGUCGCUAGCCAGUCAGGAGGGAGCGGCAAGGGCAGUGCCUCCUCCCCGACAGAGAAAAAACCUGUCGGCAAGUGUUGCGUAAUACGUUUCGCCAAGCUCACUCUGCUCGAUACCCAUCUGCGGAAGAACUUGGAUCCCACCGAAACGAACGACCGGUUCGUUAUACGUCGCGUUACGGUUACCGACGAUAUCCCGGGUACUCGACCGUGGAACUCCUUCGAAGCAGCCGCCGCGGGUAAAAGCUGGAUGCUUAAAGGGACCAUCGGUGGCGACAGCGACAUUUUCAGUGAUCACAGUCGCGGGAUUCAGGGUCUUGCGAUAGCCGUCGUGUGCUUGAUCUCGGCCAAAACUAUCCAGCCAUCCAACUGGUUCAAAGAGGACGUGGAUGACGCGGUUCGAGUGGGUGACUCCUACUACAACUGGUGUAUACCGUACGGCGGAGAGAGCGACGGUGACGAAGAAAAAUCUUUAAACAUCAAACGCUUGAAAAAAUAUCUGUACUAUAAGAAGUGCAAGGCUAUUAUCAACGUGAAAGAAUCCUGUGUUAUGGGCAAUUUACAAACAGAAAACGACAGUGACGCCAAAAGCUUAGAGAACGGAGUUUUGGACUUUUUUAAACAGCAACAAUAUGGCAUUGUGGAAGCUAACGGACAGUUCUUUGCCAUUUGGAAAUUCGAAGAAGAACUGAAGGACAACAGCAUAGAAAUGGCUUAUUAUUUAAUGCAUGACAAUCCGUCACAAGCAUUUCUUAGCAAGAUUUUAUCUAAGCCCGGCAAAAUUGAAUUAUCUGCCUGUGUAUUCCGAUUCGUCGAAGUUACCGAAUUAGUUGCCGUCUUAACCGAAUUAUUGCAAGUUCAAAGCGAAGAAGACCAGUUGGAUUACUUCAUUCACGAAGUAGAAGUGGUGUCGAUUAGUGAGCCCAUGACAGACGAAGAAAUUCAAAAGGACAAGGCCAUCCCCGUAAGACCUGACCUACGAAAUUACGCAGCUUUUGGCGAUUACGGGGCAACUCUAGCCGGCAAUUUUAAUCAGAAUGAUGAGGCGAUUUUCAAAAGGGAAACCAGAGGUAAACAACAAGCAGCCAGUGCUCUGGUCACACUGGCCAUGACCAAAAUUUUUUACCCAUAUCUGUGGUAUCGGGAAGUUGUGGAUGAUAUACUGAAGAUGGGUGACAAAUUGACCCAUGAAAAUCUGAAAAAUCUGCCUGAAGCCGACAACGAAGAUGAGGAAAAUGCCAGAUAUUAUCUGUUACCAAGUGAAAUCGGCAAUGACUUCGCACUUGGUGUUAAUCAAAUGUCCCUGAGCGUGGAGGAAGAAACUUUUUCGGGUAAACUCGACGAACUUAACGCAACCUUACAAGAGUUUUUUGCCGCUAACAAAAUGGGAAUAUUUCGACAAGAUAAGAUCAUCUUACCGAUUUGGAGAGAGGAGGCUGCUUUCUUUACCAUGGAUCCUGUAGGAAAGCAAGCGGCAAGCGUGUACUGGUUUAUCAAUAUUCAAUCCUUAGUCGAUAUUUUGGAGGAGUCCACGGAGAAAACCGACGCAAAUUUCUUUAUUGAUACCGUCACUGUCGAGAAUAAAUUUAUAGAGUCAGAGCUGCCAGAAGAAAACCUUGUUACGGAGGAUCGUUGGUAUAACUUUUCGAAAAUAGCAGAUGGGAUUUGGCAAAUAAAUUGCAAGAUGAAUGAUGAAACAAACGUAGAAGAUGACGUUGCAGAGCUCAAUUGUAGCACUGCAAACUCUGUGAUGGCGAUUGUUUUUUCAAAGGCGUACGAAGCGCGUUUUUGGUCGCAGCAACUACUCGAUGAGAUAACAGCAGCAGGAAGAAGCUUACAUGCACAGAGCGUGAUUAGACUGGGAGAAGAUAGGUUCUUGCGACCCAACGAAGUGAUCGACGAAUUUUUUGUUUCCGACCGCCGAAUUGAGUUGGACGUUCAGGAUUGCGUGCAAGCUGGAAAAAUUAACGGGCAAGGCUCGAAAAUACAGAGCCUGCAAAGCGGCUGCGUCGCGUUUUUUGAAAAGUUCAGCUCCGGUUGUUUGUCGCUGUUGGCCGCAAGGACACAGGCCAUUUGGGCGAUCGAGGAUCACUUUUACAGCUUCGAGCCUGGACGUUCGCUAAUGCGCUUCGAAAGUCUAGCUUUACUGGUCGAGCAGCUUGAAGCGAAUGCCGAUGGGAACAGUGAUUUUGAGAUAACGAGUAUCGAGGUGGUCGAUUGGAAUAAACUGCCACCAUGGCACUUCGAUCCAAGCCCUGCAGUUCGUCCAUCCGACCUGCCGCCUCUCAACGCCUACAGCAGAUUGCCAGGCAAAGCUCGCGCUAUACUGCGGGCUUCCAUCCACCAAGAGUCGGACGUAUUUCCCAAAGAGGUCAGAGGUUGCCAGAGUGCAGCCAACUGCAUAACGGCUCUAGCAAUGUCGCAGAUUAAGAACCCUGUGACUUGGACGAGAAAGACCCUCGAUGAGAUUCUGGCCUUCGGUCUGAAUCUGCAUUUGGAGAGCGCGAAGAGCUUGGGCGCGAGGUCUUCCCGGCUAAAGCCACAGGACAUCGCGAGGAUCUUUCAGAUGGGCCCGAACGUCUUGGCAGUUGACGUGGAGAGCGACACGGUGACCGGAACGGUGGAGCAGCCUCCGGCAGAACUGGACGGAGACAGCGGCAAAACGGCUGCGCAACGAAAGGGGCCCGGACAGGCCAAGAACAACAAGACGGAUAAGAAGGCCAAGAAAAAAGGAGUCGAGUCAAAGAAACGCGCGAGGCCCGAGCCGCCGUCCGCUCCGACGCUCGCCGACGGACUGAACGAGUUUUUUGAGAAGCAUAGCGCCGGCGUGCUCGCUGUCGGCCGAUUCACGGUCGCCAUCUGGAGAGCCAGCGGAGUCUACUUCGUGUUCGACCCAAGGCCGAGGAACAACCAAGGCCGAGGAGGGGAGCCCGGCGACGCCGCGAGCUGCGUCUGCUGGUUCGCCUGCAGGCAGCCGUUCGGCCAGUUGCUGGCCGACAACGCCACCCAGGACGGCUACCGGGGCGCGUUCCGGAUCUGCUCAGCGCUGGCGCGGCGGCUGGCCGUGGAGCCGCUGCCCGCGCUGCCGUCCGCGGGCCCCGGCUUCGAGCGCCUCGACGCGCGGCUGAGCACGCUGGUGGCCGGGUCCGGCUGGCACAUGGCCGCGGCGCGCUUCCCGCCCGAGACUCGCGGCCUGCAGAGCAGCGCCGUCGCCUGCGCGGCCCUGGUGCUGGCGCGACUGCGCGCGCUGCCCGGCUGGCCGGCCGCGCUGCUGCGCGCUGCGCUGACACUCGGCGACCGGCUGCACGCGGAAUGCGCGCGGCCGCGGCGCCACCUCGCGCCCGCCGAGCUGCCGCGGCUGCUGGCGCUGGGCGAGCUGCGCGCGCGGCUGCGCCUCGAAGAGGGUUUGGCCGCCGGGCUGAGCCUCGAGGCCGACCUGUGCCGCGCGCUCGGCCUGUUCUUCGAGGCCGGGCGCGACGCGGGUCUGCUGCACACCGCCGGUCUGUCGCUGGCCGUGGCGCACCACUCGGGCCGCUUCUUCCUACUGGACCCCAGCGACGACAACGCGCGUGGCUGCGCCUGUCUGCUGCGCUGUGAUAGCCUAGCGGCACUGGCCCAGGCCGCGGCGGCCGUGGGCGUCUUCCGCGGGCCCGCGCCCUUCGUCCUCAGCGCGCUGCACGUCGACGAGCUGCGCUUCUUCGAACUGUAG